AUGCCCUGCGGCAGCACAAUCGGACCCAUCCUCGCGUCCAGCCUCGGCUGCCGCACCGUGGACGUCGGCGUCCCGCAGCUGGCCAUGCACUCGAUCCGCGAGAUGUGCGGCGUGGACGACAUCGCCACCGCCUACCACCAUUUCUUGGCCUUCUACAGGGACUUCUCGUCUCUGGAUGCCACGCUUGAUGUCGACAGCCUGCCGCCGCCAGACAUCCGCGGCACGAUUCGGGACCCCUCCUGCGGCCACGUGCACUGA